UGUCGGAUGGGGAGCUAAGUAACUUUGUGCGCGUCUUUCUGAACUCCGCUCUGGUCAGUACGCGUAGCCCUGGGCUGAGGGCAAGUACACGUCGCAAAAAGUCAACUGCCAUCAAUGGUCCCCAUUCAUAAACUGGGGGCGCUUACAAGCUAGCGGUAGCUGUUCCUCAGGGGCGUCGUGUUAUACUCUUUCUGCUAGCUGUGUGGUUUUAAACUGAAGCAGGUUUAAAGUUGCAGUAACUUUGGUUUAAUUUGUUUACGCGAAUGAGGCUGACGAAUAACAUAACUUGCACUUUGUUAACUGUGACCUAGGCUGAGUCGAAGAAGGAAAACUGUUAAUAUUCCUCGUAAAAAGAUUUUUAUGAUGUUUAAUCCUCAGGUAGGUGUCAUAACUGAAAUCACACAGAAAUGCACAGAUAAUUUCCUGAUUAUGAGCUUAUGUCUCAUGCAUGGGUCACAUGAAACUGAGUGCGUUUGCAAAACAAGCAAUCCAUAGCAAACAGGAUCAGUAGUUUAACCAUGUCAGAGUAUUGGAGCUACUGCCAGAGCCUAAACGUUUGUUCCUGUAAAUGUAGUUACUUUGGUGAAGUAAUGAGUCAAAUAAAGGAAACUUUCAAACAAACAAACAAAUGAAAUGCAAUAUGUACUCAAAGAGAAAUUAUGGGAUUAGCGGCACAUUUUUAACACCUCUAAAAGCCAUUUGUUAUUGCCCCACUCAGGUUCAUGAAUUGGUUUAUAAAGAAUUAAACAAAUUACAGUGCAAUCUACUUUAUAAAAUAUUUGGCUGUGAACACAGCAGAAAUGUUGAAAGUCAAGCUGCCCAUGGCCAUCGCGUGAGCCCAUUCGUACAAAGUGCUGAUUGUUGUUUCAUGAGGGAGUGGGUCUAGAGGGACUGAAUUUCAGCCGUAUUAGCCAGCCUACAGAAUCUGGAUUAACUUUGUGUGGUCUUACUUGUGUGCGGCCUUCACAUAGCCUACACCAGUGGUGGUAGAGACACAACUUUUUCAAAUGUUCUAUGGCCCCCUUAGAACCUCGCAGCCACCCCGAAGCAAGCACCUUGUUUGAGAACCACUAUGCUAGAUCACACACUGUCCCAAAUAAUAAUACUCAUAAUAAUCAGUGAUAUAUAAGAUUGAACUUUGCUUUAAUGUAGCUCCACACUAUUCACUAAAACAAUGAAAUAAGCCAUAGAGACACUUUGCAUCAUAGUCAGUAUAUUUUUGUCUUUCUGUCUAGUGACAUGCGGUCUGUACAAUCAAUAUUAUCAUUGUCUUUCAGAUUUUUCAUUAUAACAACUCAAAACAUGACAGCACUGUCUCUCUUUGAAAUUUUGGGGUUUGAAGCCGUCGAGUGAAUAGUUGAAUCAAAAAAGCUCAGUUUUCUUUUGACAUUGUCUCAGUCAGUCAAUCAGAACGUAUGAACAUGCAAAUGCACUAACUGCCACACUAACAAUGGAUAAUUGCAGGCCAUGUAAUAAUGACAAAUUUGUAUUCCUUUAUGUGCUUCUGUUCAAUAAAUACCCGUGGACGUCUCUGACUCAUAGCCUACAUGUCUCUGACUCUGUUUAUUUGCUGUAAUGGUUCUGUCUUAUUGGCAGAGUCUUAGUGCAUGUUAGAAUAGCUCAUUUAUUUAUGAAUAUGUGUGUUCCUAUGUAUACGUAUACAUCUUUAUACAACCUUAUUCAUACAAAGUACCUCACUGUUUUUACCCUUUGAAAGUCAUUUGAGACACAUUGAGAUAACGUUUGCUUGAUGACUUAUUGAUUGUGGUGCCGUGCAGCAAAUAUUGACCGUCUUGGGCCUGCCCUGAUGGUCCUUGUCCCUUGAUAAAAAUUCCUUUCUUUGUAUUAAAGGACCCUAUCACAUUCCCACAUCAAACAAAUUAACAUACACGCCUUCCUUUUGCUUUGUCUCGGUGUACUAAUUUGUCAAACUGAUAUGUAACAUUUAUGACUGCAUUUUGCGCAACACAUCUCCUGAUAGCCCAAUUAACAGAUAUAUCUUUCUGUCUUUCUCUGAGGGAGAGCUUUGGGUCAGGGCACAAUGACUGGUGGUGAGGGCAAUGGGACUGCCUCAGAUGUUGAACCUGAGGGUGACCUUCACAUUCCCUUUAUCUUGGAAGAACGUGAGCGAGAAGAGGAACCUCUAAAAAAGGUGCUCAGCCGAAAGCUGAAAAAGCAGUGCUCUUGCAGUCCGGGUCGAGCCAAAGCCCUGCUCUUUGACUCUAUACCCAUUCUGAAAUGGCUGCCACAAUAUCAGGUCAAAGACUGGCUUAUAGGUGACUUGAUGUCUGGCGUAAUUGUGGGCAUAUUGCUGGUGCCUCAGUCCAUUGCUUACUCCCUGCUGGCUGGUCAGGAUCCAAUUUAUGGCCUCUACACGUCCUUCUUCUCCAGCAUCAUCUAUGCUCUCCUGGGGACAUCGAGGCACAUCUCAGUAGGAAUCUUCGGAGUGCUGUGUCUCUUGGUGGGCCAGGUUGUGGAUAGGGAGCUGGCUGUGGCUGGAUAUCUCACAGAUCCACAGAGCAAUCUAACCGUCCUAGAGAACAGCACUGCUCCCUACUGUGACCGCAGCUGCUAUGCCAUCAUUGUCGGAGCUACUGUCACCUUUACAGCAGGAGUCUAUCAGGUGUUAAUGGGCCUCCUUCAGGUUGGCUUUGUCUCAGUGUUCCUCUCUGACUCUCUCCUGAGUGGUUUUGCUACUGGUGCCUCUCUCACCAUCCUCACCUCACAGCUGAAGUACCUUCUGGGCCUGAAGCUGCCUCGUGCCCAGGGCUGGGGCUCACUGCUCAAAACUUGGAUCAGUCUGCUAAGGAACUUGGGCCAAACCAAUAUCUGUGACCUCAUCACAAGCCUCCUCUGCCUGGUGGUGCUUGUUCCCACCAAAGAGCUCAAUGACCGCUUUAAAUCCAAACUCAAAGCACCCAUUCCCUUUGAGCUGUUUGUGGUCAUCAUUGCUACGCUGGCCUCCCACUUUGGUCAGUUCCAGGAGAAGUAUGGAUCUGAGGUAGCUGGGGCCAUUCCCACAGGCUUCAUGCCCCCUCAGCUCCCAGCUUGGUCUCUCAUCCCCAACAUAGCAGUUGAUGCCUUCUCCAUAGCCAUUGUUGGCUUUGCCAUCACUGUGUCUUUGUCUGAGAUGUUUGCUAAGAAACAUGGUUAUGUGGUGGACCCCAACCAGGAGAUGUACGCCAUCGGGUUCUGUAACAUCUUUCCGUCCUUUUUCCGCUGCUUCACCACCAGUGCUGCCCUGACCAAGACUCUGGUGAAGGAGUCCACUGGCUGCCAGACCCAGCUCUCAGGCCUGGUCACUGCGCUGGUGUUGCUGUUAGUGCUUCUCGUCAUUGCUCCUCUCUUCUACUCUCUUCAGAAAUGUGUUCUGGCUGUCAUCAUUGUCGUGAACCUGCGCGGAGCACUCCGGAAGUUCCGGGAUGUUCCUCAGAUGUGGCGCGUGAACCGCAUAGACGCCACUAUCUGGCUGGUCACCAUGGCCACGUCAGCUCUGGUGAACACUGAGCUCGGUCUGCUGGUGGGAGUGCUGGUGUCCGCCUUCUGCGUGCUGGGACGCACCCAACGGGCCCAGGUCUUCAAGUUGGGGCAAGCUGGAGACUAUGAGAUUUUUGAGGACCUGGCAUCAUAUGAAGGCCUUCACACAGAGCCUGGGGUGGCUGUGUUUCGCUAUGAAGCUCCUAUUUAUUAUGCUAACCAGACUCUGUUUAAGAAAUCUCUGUAUCGCAACGUGGGCCUGGACCCACUGAAAGAGAAAGCCAGGCGCAAGAAGCUGGAGAAACAGAGGAAGAAGCAGGAAAAUGCAGCGAAUGGGGCCAAGCAAGACCCUGAAGCGACUACUGAUGCAUUCUUACCACAGGGCCCUGCCUUUCAUACACUGGUUAUAGACUGUAGUGCUGUGCUGUUUCUGGAUAGUGCUGGUGUUGGUGCUCUAAAAGAAGUGCAUAAGGAUUAUAAGGAGUUAGGGGUACGCUUGCUGUUAGCACAGUGCAGCACCUCGGUGACCGAUUCCCUGCGGAGGGGUGGUUACUAUGACCCCAAGACGGGUAGCACAGAAGUUAUUUUUCACACAAUCAGUGAUGCCGUCCGUUAUGCCCAAAGCUUACUGUUACAGAAUGGUGAUUGUGUGACCAAAUGCUGAUAGGAAAAUGCUUUAUGCAUAGGCUGGGCAAUAUGGCAAAAAAUGAUUGUGAUACUUCUUGACAAUACACAGAUACAAAGCAUUAGCAUAGCAGUGUAAAAACAACACUAAAGCCAAGCCAAGUUUGGUAUUUGAUUUUUGCGUCUUUGAUUGAACUCUGAAGCUAUUAGACCAACAUUGCUAACAAACACUAGAGGUCAGUGGUCACCAAAAUCUUUUCUGUAAAUACAUACCAAAAACAUCACUUAGCCCACUCAGACCACAUCCAGGUGUUGAUUAAGGUCACGCAGGCUUGUCAUCUAGACGCUAGAUUAACUUCUUUUGUUUGUAUUUUUAAACGUAUAUAUUCAGUUAACGUAUAUAUGCAGUUUUUAGUGAAGUUUUGUCAAUUUUUCUGUCUUAUGUUUGUGACCUCACAGAAGAUAGAUGCAGUUUGAAAGGUCUCAUGGAUCCAUUUAGAGAAGCAUUUGGGUGGCUUCUAGUGUUUGUUAGCAAUGUUAGCCUUGUAGCUUUAGUUUAAAACCAAAGAAAUUUGGGCACCAAACAUGUCUUGGCUCAGUAAUGACUUCUAGCGUUGUGCAAAUUAGAUUUUUUGCCAGACCUUUACUUUAAUGAAUCAUUGUUACUACAGUAACACUAUUGAUAGUGAUUUACAGGGCUCUCUCCAAUUGGCCUAAGCCUCUAUUUCUAUGCAGACAACUGGCCAGCGUUCUAGAAAUACUGGUGUCAUUUAUCACAAUAAUGAUGCUGUCAUAUUACCUCCCCUAUUCAAGCAACAUGUUUACUAAAUUUUCCAGUCAAACUUUUGUGCCUUACCUUUACUGUCAGAUUGACAAACAAUAUGAUGCAAAAUGGUGAUUGUUUUUGUAGCUUUUCUUUCUUUUUAGUCUUAAGAUUUGUUAGACAGUCUGGAUUUGAGUUCUUGCUUGCUUUCUGUGAAAAUGAAGAAUUCAUUGAAGAUGCAGAGGUCAGUAGAAUGACUGUUGUUGAUUACCAAAAAAUUCAUUGUUACAGAAUCCAGCAUUUUCUUGUGUUUUGUAUAAAUUUGUUUCCACCCCAGUUCUUUAUAAUUGCAGGACUAUGUUGUUUAUGCUCAGUUAUGCUGGUCAAACUAGAACAAGUUACUGAUCUCAAAAGGAGGAAGUUUUUUUUAUUUACAUACCAAAGAAAUCUAUGCAAAAGAUCAAGUCUUUCCAAAUAAUGUGGAAUGAUUCAUUUCUUAUAGCCUUGUUUAAUGACUUAGAGUUGACACUGUAUGUUAUUUAUAAAUAAGCAAGCUGAUGUUCUAUAUCUGUCUGCAUUGACUAAUGAGUAGCUUAAAAUAUGAAUCUCAUUUAACAGGAACAGACGUAAGUACCAGCCUUUUAUCAGGUAUUUUGUAUGUGCCAUUUACAGAAUGUAUAUACAUUCAUUUAUUUAACACCAACGGGUUAUAGGUUUGGAGUGAAACCUUUUCAACCUCCAGGCGAAAUCGAGUCCAUGUGUUCACUGAGCCUCUCCCACUGGAGGAGACUACAUAGUAGUCAUUGUAAUCGUGCUACAUUCAAGAUAAGACAUGCACAGUCAUUGUGCUAUGUAAAUAGCAGAAUGACAGGUUUUUUUUUUGUUUGUUUACUGUGUCAACAAGGAAAAGCAAUUCAGAAAGCUCUUACUACUUUCGCCAGGAUUUGUUACUAUGGUUGGGGUUAGUUUACAUAAAUCAAGACCUUCACAAGGACUUGUUGAACGGGUCCAAUACUGUAGACAGCCACGUGACAGCAGUCAGUGGAGACACGUCCACCAGCAAACCCCCCCAACCAAACAUGAGUUUCCUAACUACUACUAGAAUCCUUCCAUCCUGGCAGCUGUAAAAGAGUUGGAUCAUGCAUUAGGCACCUCAAAUAUACUUAAUUUCUAGCCAUUUAUAGUAACAGGAGGUUUUUCUAUGUUUUUUUAAAUAUAUUUUGCCUGCCUUUUCAUAUGAAUCUGAGUUAAUUUAUGCAAUAUCAUAAACUGGAUUUCACAUUGAGAUUUAAGGGCUUUAAGUGCUGCGCUAUUUUUUUUGUUGUUUUUAUUUAUCAGUUCUGUUGUCUUAUUCAUCACUGAGAUUAGACCAAGAUCACUGUUAUUCAUUCAUUGUAAUGUUCUAUCUCUACAAGGUUUUGGGGGUUGUUACAGGCUUUUCACUGCCUUGGGUGAUCAAAAGGGAGAGCUUUGUUAUUUUAUAUCUCUAAGUGCAUUUUAGAUUCUUAUGGCUUGCACAAAAUAAACGGAAUAUGUAUACUACCUGCAAA